ACACCAUGAUAAUCUUAUUAUUUUUUUAUCUGGGAAAAAAGUCACAGCUUCAAUAUAAGUGAAGAAGAAGAUUAUAUUUGUUCAAGUUUAUUCAAGUUUAUUCAAGUUUAUUCAAGUUUAGUCAAAAGUGAACUUACUGAACCGGAGAAAAAGCGACAGUCUUAAACUUCUUGCAGCGUGUUAUUGGACACUUUUGCUGCACUGCCAUCGACGAGAAGACAUCCGUGUAUUAAAGGUUUUCAAAAGAUGAUCAAAUUAACUUUUUAAAGCAUGCAUUAAACAACCAACACAAUGUUAUUUUGCUUGGAAACAGGGAGCAGUCGUUUGCAAGAUUUGCAUUUCGUUCCUAAGCGUUGCGCCCAGUGAAUGCGCGCUCCCGCGGACGGGGAUACAAUUCCUGGCGGGGAUAAGCACUGACACGACACCAGUCGAUCCCUUAUUGACAACGCAUUUAUUCAACCCUCAUUAACUGUCAUUCAUUGUGGGCAUGAGGGAUGAGAUCGCGUUGGAAAUCUUGAUGCUCCCAUUCGAUCGAUUUUUGGACGCAGUUCUCUGGGAUUUGUUUUGUGGAAUUGCUGUGAAAGUUUUCUUGAAUGCUCAGGGGCUUGUGACAGGCUGCGCGUGCUUUGCAUAACGGCAGUGGGCUAUUGUUACAUCUGCGGAGGAUUUGGGAGCUCCAGCAUGCGUAAUUUAUGCGUUAUCGUCGUGGCGUGCUUUGCGCUUUUCUCACGAGGCUCCGGAGCUCCAAAACUUUUGAAUUCAGAUUCCAGGUCUCAGCUGGAGAGAAGCGCGGAGCAAAGUGAUUUACUGCAAGAGGAGAUUGAGGGUGAAGAGAGCUCCAUCUCACAGCUGCUGGGGGAAUUUGACAAGGUGAGAGCCCUCUCGGAAGGCUCCGACUGCCGGUGUAAAUGUGUUGUCAGACCCCCGAGCAGGAGCGCAUGUCGGGGGACGGAAAACGGGGGUGCGUCGUCCCAGGAUUUCUACACCGUGGAGGCAAUCGCCUCAGGACCGGACUGCAAGUGCACAUGCAACACACCUCCGUCGGCGGUCGACCCUUGUGAGGGGCAAUCCAGUCUUAAAAAACCCGGGGAGGCUGGAAACGAACAUUUCCAGCUGUCAACUCUACUGGAAGUGUUGGAGCGCUCCUUCUCUGGAAUGGAUUUGUUGAAGCAGCACUCCAUUACCAGUAAGCUCUUAGAAUGCGUGGAUCACAUCAAUAAGGUGGUGUCUGCAAACCAAACUGUGGAUGACGGGAAGCCACAAGAGAGUCCUCCAAGCCAGCUAGAACUGAUUGAAAGUCCAUCUAUUGCUCUUCCUCAGCCUGAGCUGGGGCUUGAUAAGGAUGGAAGAGCCUCAGCUUAUCGCAUCCCCGAGGAGAAGUAUGACGGAGGGUUUAUUGUGGAAAAUCCCCCCUCCACACGGACAGAUGGCUCUGGUCAGGUCGCUGAGGUCAGACCUCAGGUGACUCCAAAAAACAUGGCUGACAGGGAGACGUCAAGGGAGUGGAAGACUGCCGCGAGGGAAGUCAUCAGAAGGACUUUUUAUAAAUCUGAGGCAGAGCCUAUGGUGGCGGAUGAUGGGGAUCCCGGAGAGAACUAUUUUGAAUAUCAUGGAUUCAGUGGUGAUGGUUCACCCGACCUUCUCAUCGAAGAGGACCUUCUCUUACACAAAGCGCCUUGGUACAAAACGGCAGCAGGACAGAAAACAGGAGGUUCGAUACAUGGAAGGAUGACAAAACUGUCAAUAGAAACAGAAGAAACUGAGUCCAUCUCAGUAACUCCUGAUGAGGAUACCGUUGACAAUACAACUAAACCAGCUUCCACGGAUGACAAAUUGUUGAUGCCAAGCGUCAGUUUUAGUCCAACCGGCAAAAUAUUCAACCUCGAGAUGACAAACGCAAAUCCUCAGCCUACUCAAGGAGUUACAGUUGGGAUCACUGUGUCGCCAACUCCAGAAGUUGCUUCUUCAGCCAUCACACUUAAAGAAAUAGCCCGAACUACAACAAACACAACACAACAGUUUGACAAUAACUCCACAAAAGAAAUGCUCCCGACAUCAGCAACCGGAAAUGCACAUGUUCCCGAGACGGGAACCUCCGAUGUUCCGUUGGGAGACCGUACGCAAGCCUUACUGGGCAGUACAGUACCGAGCGAUCUAACACAACGUCCCGAUUCUGUAGCCUCAGUCACCAGCCCGCCAUCUGCUGCUACAACUACCGCGGCCCAGAGCCUUUUGACCCCAGCUCCUGAAAUUCCAAAACCCUCUACACAGGCCAGGGCUGUAGCAGAACAAAAAGAAAGAAAUUCCACCUCUUUUCCGAACUCGUCCUCAGCCACCGUUACAAGCACCCCGAGACAGACCCCUCAGGUCAAACAGAAAUACAGCUGGGAGAAGGAAGAGGGCAAAGGACACUUGGAUACUGCCGAACCAAACGAGAGACAAGAGGAAUCAACUUCAAAGAAACCUGGGGAAUGUAAGGACACGUUGGCAACCAUCUCUGAGCCAGUCACUCAUAACACAUAUGGCAAGACUGAGGGAGCCUGGAUGAAGGACCCAAAGGCUGCGGAUAACAAAAUAUAUGUCACCAACUACUACUACGGAAACAACCUCUUAGAGUUCUACACCUUGGAGAGUUUCAAGAAAGGCCGUUUCACCAACUCCUACAAGCUUCCUUACAACUGGAUCGGGACAGGCCACGUGGUGUACGGCGGGGCCUUCUACUACAACCGGGCCUUCUCCCAAGACAUCAUCAAGUACGAUCUGCGGCAGCGCUACGUGACCGCCUGGACCAUGCUGCACGACGCCCUGAUCGAGGAGUCCUCGUCACCUUGGGAGUGGCGCAGCUUCUCGGACAUAGACUUUGCCGUCGACGAGAGCGGCCUGUGGAUUGUCUACCCGGCGCUAGACGACGAGGGGUUCUUACAGGAGGUGGUGGUCCUGAGCCGUCUGGACCCCACGGACCUCAGCAUGCGGCGGGAGACCACUUGGAGAACUGGACUUAAAAGGAACAGUUUCGGGAACUGCUUUGUGGUGUGCGGUGUGCUUUACGCUGUUGACAGCUAUAACCAAAAGGUCGCCAACCUAGAAUAUGCCUUCGACACACACACAAAUACUCAAAUGACUCCCAGAAUGCCCUUCAUCAACAACUACACCUACACCACUCAGGUUGACUACAAUCCUAAAGAAGGUGUUUUGUAUGCAUGGGAUAAUGGACACCAAGUCACAUAUAACAUCAAGUUGGCCUAUGUAGACCCUUAGUGAGAGCUUGAAAUUUUCUUUGGAUUGUAGAUCAGUCCAAAUGGGCCUUUGUAGGGAGAUAUACGGGGCCAAAUGUACAUAUAUAUUUAGCAAUAAUGUUUUAAUUGUUCCAUAUUAGGAAUUUUUCUAAAAAUCUGUGCCUGAAAUGAAUAAAACAGCGACCCUAUUACCAGUCAAACAAGUUUUACUUUAUAUACUGAAAUACUUGAUCAAGUCAGUGACUUGUGUAAACAAAUUGUUCAUAUCUUUCUCUCAUAAAAAAAAAUGUAUAUAUAUUUUUU